AUGCAAUUUUUUAAUAAAUCAUAUGUUAGUUUAUUAAGAAUUCUUGUGAAUAUCAAGAAUAAUAUAAAAGAGGAUUAUAAAUAUACCGCACAUGUGGAUUAUAACAAAAGAAAAGAAAAAAAAAAUAUUAGAAAUGAAUAUAAUUCUUUGAAUUCCCCAAUUUACUUAAGUAGAAUUAUAUAUAUUAUUGUAAUAUGGUAUUUUAUACUACUGAAUAUAUAUAUACCAAAUAAUAAUGAAUACUAUGGGGAAGCAUACAAUUAUAAAGACAAAAGAUAUUUAAGUGAAGCAGAAACUCUAAGUACUUCAAGGAGUAAUGUUAAUACACCCAUAACUAGCGAUUUCAUGUCUUUGUUAUAUAAAACAUCUCCUUGUAUAUUAGAUGAGGUUUUUGAAAAUAAGGAAGAAUAUAUGUUAAAGUAUAUUCAAGAAAUAUUAGGUAGUUUAAAUAAAUAUAUGACAUGGAAUAAUUAUGGUUUAAUAUUACACAUGGAUGAUUAUACUCCGGUUACCUAUAACAAUAAAGAUAUACAAUUAGAUAAGAAAGUUGAAACGAUAUGGAAUAAAGGACAGAAAAGGAUACAGGAUAUCAAAAAUAAUUGGGAUGAAGUAAUGUUAAAUGAAAAAUCAAAAUAUAAUAAUACAGUAAAAGAGUUAAAAAGCUAUUAUGAUAAGUUAAGACUUCGAAGGUCAAUAUUAGCAAGAGAUUAUGAUUCUAUAUGGGAUGAUUAUAGUAAAUUUUUUUUUAUUAUUGAAAAAAAUAUGAAAACAGAAUUAUAUAAACUUUUUAAUGUAUGGUAUUAUAAGAAACAGUUAUAUAUGGAUGAAUAUCGAAAAUUAGUGAAUUCCUGUAGAAUUGCUUGGAAGGCGUUAUCGAAUCAUUUAAAAUAUACAUUAAAAAUGACAAUGAUUUACGAUAUAGAAAAAAUGAGUCAUAUAAGAGACGCAGAUUUUAAAAAUGCUAUUAUGUAUUUAUAUUUAAGAAAAGAUGAUGAUGAUGAUGAGUAUCAAUAUACAAAUAAACAAGGGAAUGGAAAAAAAAGGAAAAAAAAAAAAAAGAAAAAUGAAGAAGGAUUUUUUCAUACUUUUGGUUGUUUUUUUAGUGAACCAGAUAAGAAUAAAAAAGAUGAAGUAUCUAUUUCACCAUAUAGAGAUUUUAAUUUAUCAGCGGUAAAUUAUUUAGAAUGUUGUAGAACAGCUCGACAUAUUGAUAAAGAAAAUAAAGCCCAUUCUCGUAAGUUUAAUGAAGAUACUAUGACAGAAUUAGGAGACCCAAUAGAUACUAGAAUGUCACAAAGAUUGAAAGAAUUAAGAGAAUUUGAUGAAAUGAAAAAAAGGGAUAAAAAUAAUAGUAAAUGUGGUUCCGAUGAUGGAUCGUUUGAGGAAAACAAUGAAUCUGAGAAAUCUUCAGUAAACUCAAAUCAUUUCACAUAUACUGAAAAAGUUCGUACUACUAAUUCCAGUAUACAUUAUUCUUUAGAUAUAGAAGCAGAAGAAGUUUUAUUAAAAAAUAAAAAUAAAGAGCAUAGUAUGAAUUAUUUAUUAAAAGAUAAUAAUUAUAAUGGUAGUAUUGGGAAUAAUGUAUUGCCCGUUAAUACGAUAUAUUAUGAAAUAUUAAAUGUAGAUACAAACGCAAAAUUAAAUGAAAUUAAAAGUAAUUAUUAUUAUUUAUCCUUACAGUAUCAUCCUGAUUAUAAUAUAGGAGAUCGUAUAGCUAAAUUGAAAUUUCGUUUGGUGAGUGAAGCAUAUCAAGUAUUAUCUGAUGAGGAAAGAAGAAGAAUUUAUAAUAAGCAUGGAUUAAAAGCAACAGAGAAAAUGUUUUUAAUGGAACCGGGUCUUUUAUUUAUGAUAAUGUAUAGUUUAGAUGAAAUGUCUCAUUAUGUUGGUGACUUAAAAUUAUUUUAUUUUAUUAAAGAAGCUUUUGAAAAGAAAAAACGAAUAGAAGAUAUAGAAUCACCAUUUGAAGAUAUGGAUAUAAAAAUGGAAAAUGAGCAAAGAAAAAGAGAAGUAAUUUUAGCUCUUUUGUUAAGAGAUAGAAUACAGCCAUUUGUAGAUAAUAAUAAAGAAUGGGUUUCUGAAAUGGAAAAGGAAAUAAAAAGCUUACUUGAAUCUUCUCAUUCUAAUUCUAUUUUAGGAUCCAUAGGAUGGACAUAUGAAAAUGUUGCAACUAAAUAUUUAAGCGAGGUAAAAUCAAAAUGGAGAUUAAAAGAACCAAUGUCAAAAUAUAAUCCAUCUUUUAGACAUGUAAAUAGAUCUAAGAGAACAAAAAUGACUAAAUUGCCAUCUAGGGUGUGUGGAAUGUAUAGUUGUUCCUCUGCCUUAAUAUCACAACAACCUUCUAUGGACGAAUCAAGUUCAAGUGAUAAGGAUAGUAAUGUAGGAAGUGAAAGUAUUUAUAAUAUUGAUAAUAUGAUGUCAGAAGAAACAUUAUCUUUGUUAGAAAUAGAUGAAAAUAAAUAUUUUGGAUUUAUGACAAUGCAUAUUCUAACAUUAAUUUUAUGGGAUAUAGAAGAAACUACUCAAUAUACUGCUACUAGAGUUUUAAGAGAUGAGGGAGUUGAUGAAAAUAUAAGAAUCAAAAGAGCAGAGGCAUUACAAAUUCUAGGAAAACUAAUGCAGAAAUGGUCAUUAAGUGUUAAGAAUAAAAAGGAAAUAAGUGAAAAGGAUAUAAUUGAAAUUAUGAACAAGGCAAGAGCUUAUAAUAUAUAA